AUGCCGCGGGAAGUUUCUACCUGUGUCAGCAAAGGCAAAGCGAGGUGGAGGUGGCUUACUUGCCUCGGUUGUCACCCGCAAUGCACGGAUGCCGAAUUGGACCUUUUAAAUGUGAUCUUCCGGGGCGAUUCAGAAGAGCUGGAACAGUGUUUGAAGCACCUGAAAGCUACCGGUGAAUCUGCAAGGCUCACCGUUCGGAGAAACCAUCCCAACAGCCUUCUCGGAACGUUCUUCCAAGAAUGCUCCCCUGUAAUUUGGGCAGUGGAUUGCCGACAAUGGCAUCUCCUCCCUAUUCUUAGCCAGUAUGGAUACGACAUGAAUCGCCCCCAGUUGUGUCGCCGAUGGACGUAUUUCUGUAGGAAGCAGUCGCGCCCCAACCACUCCCCCUAUCGGCGACUUUGGACGAAGGGUCAGUAUACCUAUCAGUCUAGUUUGGAUUACUUCUUCGCAAGUGUGUAUGAGAAGUUUGGUGAGUACUUGGAAAUGCCACAGUAUCAUGAUCUUGACCUCUUGAAUCCGUUGCAUCCACUUCUUUCUCGAGCUGGUGAACUCCUUGCCUAUGGGGUUGAUGUCCAUCGGAUUGAUUCCAUAAUUGUCUUCAACUCUCUUGCCGGUUCUUUCGAUCGAUUCAUGUGUAGGUAUUUUGAUGAAGGUGAUGACAUUCUUCCUGAUAUCCCAAAGCGUUUAGAUGCCUUUAUCGAAUUGGAGAUACUUCAACGACUCAUUGAGAACGGUUUCUCCGAGUUUGAAUGUAUGGAAUACGUCAACCCAAACACCAACUGGUUUGGAAUACUUAUUUGUCUCCUGUCCCAUCCAAGACUUAUCAAACUGGUCGAAGAAAACCAACCGGUUCCUCCAAUCCUCCGUUGUGCAGCGCUACUUUUCAUAAACAUUCUAAUGUGGAGGCAUUUCCUUCCCGCCUGUGGCGACCUCCGUGAUACUGUAAAUAACCUCCGAUUACGGAAGACCUACAUAAGACGCUAUGGUGAUCAACGUACCCAGUUUAUAUCUCGAAUUGCAAGUGUUGUAAGAGAAAGUGAUCAAAUUCUUCACUCUCCGCCCUCGCUUGGGGUCCUGGCUCGAAACAGAAUUCGUGGCCUUAUUGGUGGUACCAACUUUAAGCAGAAGGUCGAAACCCUUGGGUUGCCAUCAAAACUCGCAGCAUUCCUCUCCUACAUCGGUGUGGAACACGUCGGUUGGAUCAGAGCGCCUCCAUUUGUCGUAGCUAUAGCCACGGGAAAGCUGAAUUACUUGUCUUUCGAGGAACUAGACAGCGGGGUGGCGGAUGACGUGGCGCUUACUCGUGCGUCUCGCCGCCCACCGUCACUCCCAAUUCCACCGCGUAACCGCGCCUUGUUGCGAUAUCGACCCGGCUUCACAGCUAGAGGGACCUCUCCAAUAAAGCGCAGGGCGUCCGCGUGCCCCCGCAUCAGCAGAUUCCAACCUAUUCCCGUCCUUCGAAUUCAGCGGUCAAUGACCGCCGUGGUACGCGGGCCCCGACCCAGUUCAGCUCCGCUGCUCAAACUGACUCCCAAGGCGACGCAUUGCCUUCAACUCCCUGUGUGGUGA